AUGAGCGAGACUGACACACCCAUCCGUUGCUUGGAGUUUUUCAGUGGAAUAGGUGGCUUGCAUUACGCUUUGAAUAUUGCCCAAAUAAACGCUCAAGUAGUAGAGGCUUUUGACGUCAAUGAGAUUGCAAACAAAGUCUAUCGACACAAUUUCAACCACUCACCAUCCAAAAAAACAAUUGAUCGUUUGACAGUGAAAGACAUUGAUUGGUACAAAGCAACUUGUUGGUUAUUGAGCCCACCUUGCCAGCCUUACACGAAUGGAGGGCAUAAGAAAGACGCUGAAGAUCCGCGAGCAAAAGCUUUGCUGCAUCUCAUUGAUCUAUUGCCUCAGUUGGAUGUCAUUCCAGAGUACAUUUUUCUGGAAAACGUCAAGAAUUUUGAGACUUCACAGUGCAGAAAGAAGUUGGUAGAACAGCUGGAUGCAUUAGGAUACGAGAUCAACGAAUAUUUGCUGACACCGACACAAUUUGGUAUCCCUAAUCACCGUAUGCGCUAUUAUCUGACAGCACGCAGAUCCCCACAAACACAAAGAACAACAGAAAGCUAUAUAGACACAAGCAAGAUCCAAACAGAAUGGACGAUUGGUAACAAACCAAUCGAAGAAGUUGAAUUGCCACCACUAUCUCAGUUUUUGGAGGAGGGAGACAAUGUGGAUGUUAAAAAGUGGAUGGUGCCUGAGAGGUUUAUUCUAAGACUAUACAAAUUUCGCCUGGAUAUUGUGCGGCCAACUGACAAGCAUACAUCAUGCGUGACCAAGGCAUACGGAUCUCAUCACAUUCAAACCAGUGGAUCGCUUGUACAAACAAAAGACCUUGAGUGCACAGAUUACAACUGGGAUGACACACCGUCGCUAUUGUCGUUUGGGCUAAGAUUUUUGUCACCAACGGAAGUCUCGCGAUUGCAUGCUUUCCCAGGUCCAGCUUAUCAAUUGAGCAGCAGCGACGAUGACAGCUAUAGCAAUUUUGAUCCGCCUACCUGUGAACCUCAUCUUAAAUUUCCACAGGAUGUGUCUCACAUUCAGCAAUACAGACUUUUGGGUAAUAGUUUGAAUUGCUGGGUAGUUGCUGAGCUGUAUCGAUGUGCAUUGUUCGCUUAA